AUGGCGUCGUCGCGGCUGCCUCCGCACGCGCCGUUGUUGUCGCGAGGCGCGCUGCUGGAGUCGCGGUUCGAAGUGGAGAAGAAGAUCGGCGAAGGCACCUUCAGCGAGAUCUACCGGGCGCGCGACACGGUGACGGGGCGGCAGGUGGCGCUGAAGGUGGAGAAGGAGGAGUCGGUGCUCAAGUGGGAGGUCUGGGUGCUCAAGCGCCUGCAAGGGUGCGGGGCGGUGUGCGAGUAUGUGCACGCGGGGCAGGCGGGGGGGCGCGCGUACGUGGCGAUGGAGCUGCUGGGGCCCAGCCUCUCCGACCUGCGCCGCACGCACCCCCACGCGCGCUUCCCCGUCGCCACCCUCGUACCCCUCGCCCUGCAGAUGCUGAGGGCGCUGAGGACCAUGCACGACCACGGCUUCCUGCACCGCGACGUCAAACCCUCCAACUUCGCGAUGGGCGUGGGCCCACGGCAGCAGCAGUGUUUCGUGAUUGACUUUGGCAUCAGCAAGCGAUUCCGCUCCUCCCACGGCGUGCACCCCGCACGCCAGGUGGCCGAGUUCCGCGGCUCCACUGCCUACGCCUCCGUGCACUCGCACCUGCUCAUGGACCUGGGGCGGAGGGACGACCUGUGGUCGCUCUUCUAUGUUCUCGUGGAGUUUCUUGACGGGGAGCUCCCUUGGCGCCACGUGCAGGAGAAGGAGAGGGUGAAGGAGAUGAAGCUGUAUUUCUUUGACCACCCGGAGCAGAUGACCAAGUCCGUUGCCUUCCCGGAGGAGCUCUCUGCGUUCGCGGAUCACCUACAGGUGCUGCAGUACGCCGACAAGCCCGACUACGCCUACCUGCUCAACCUCCUCACCGCCUGGAACGCCCGCUGUGGCGGCGCCUCCCCCCCCCAGGAUGGCCAAGGUGCUGCCGAUGCCCCACACGCUGCGCUGCCACCGCCUCCCCCACCCCCUGCCACGGCCAACGGCCACUCUCACUCAGCCUUAGCGCGCCAUGCCUCUCACGACUCGCCCCCCAUGCCGCACCCUGCCGCAACCACACCUGCUGCUGCUGCCCUUGGCAACGGGGUGCAUGGCACGCCCGUCACCUCACCCGUCGCCUCGCCUGCCCUGCCAUCUGUACUGCCCUGCGCACCACCACCUGCCAUCGCUGCGGUCAGUGGGACUCCCCUGCUGCCUGCACCCUCACCCUCAGUGGUACGGGCGGCAGCAGCAGAGGCCGCAGCGGCAGGCUCAGGAGCAGUUGCUGCUGCACCCGCUGGUGGCAGCCCAUCCACACCUACACCGCGCUCCGCCCCUCCUCCCCCUGCCUCUGCCCUCGCUGCACCAACGCCUCCCAUCCCAACCGCUCCCAGCGCUACCCCAUCCAGCGCUACCCCUCACAGCCCCACCACUUCAAGCCCCACCGCGCACAGCACUGGCGUCCCACGGGAGGACAGCAAUACCGCCCACCCUGCUUCUCCUGCCGCUGCUUCCCCUGCCGCUCCCGCCGCUCCUGCAGCUCCUGAGAUGGUGCCUGCUGCAUCUGCUGCCCCUCCGCUGCUGCCAGACCCGGGCAUGGCUCCUGUGGGGAGCAGCGCAGGUGGGGGUGGCGUGGCAAGCCAGAGUGUGGGGGCAGCAGGGAAGGCGUGGCAGGGCCAGCUGGGCGAGCGCGAAAUGCAGGGCACCGAGGCGGGCAGGCAGGGCAGAGCAGGGGGGCGGGUGGGUGAAGGGGUGCGUGCAACCAGGGGGCAGGGCGCGUGUGAUGGCGACAGUGAGGGGGGCAGUGGGGGCAGCACGACGUCAAGCCAUACAUCACAGGAGCGGGGCAGGAGGGGGAAUGAUAAUGCUCCGCAGAAGGGACGAAUGAGAGAGGGCGGUGGAGGUGCAGAGAGGCGGCAGGGAGAUGAGGGAGGUGGCAAGGCAGGGCAGCAGUUGUUGUCGGGCGGUGGGCAGGGCAGCGAGCGCGUUAGUGAAAGAGGCACUGCUGCUGUUGCUGCUGCUGCUGUGGCUCGUGAGGGUUCAUGUGGCAGGCGUGUGGCAGGGGGGCGCAGGGGUGCACAGGGAAAUGGUUAUGCUGGUGCUAGCAGCGGCGAGGACGACCCCUCCUGGGGCAGCCCAGGCAGGCACAGGCGGAGGAAAGGAAAAACGGGCGGUGCAGUGCGGUGUAGUGUAGCUCGAGGGCAGAAUUCUAAGGGUGGGGGCGGGGGGCGGAGGAGCAGAGGCAUGAGGAGACGAGAAGGAGGGAGGGAGGCGGGUGGCAGGGUGGUAGGGCGUGAGGGGGGCGGUGUGAUGGCGCAGGGGACGAUGCCGGUGGUUCUGGCGCUAGAGGCCGUGCCCAUGCGCGACACACACCUGUGGGGGCCAGGCGAGAGGAGAAGAGGCGCACAGGGCAGGGACGUGCAUGGCGCAGCGUGGGAAGCAGAGGAGGGGAGGCGCAGCAUGGGGCAGGCACAGGCAGAGCGUGAGGCGGGGGGCGGGCGAGGGAAGGAGGGUGGGCGGGCAGACGAUCAGGGGGCUGAUGGGGAGAGCAAGGAGGGGGGCAGUGGGAAGCUGGAGUGGAGGGAGCAGCGAGUGAGUGGGAGCGGUGAGGAGGAAGGCAGCAGGGCGAGCCGAGUGAUGAGUGGGGCUGGGGAAGUAACAGAGCGAGGGCGAGAGGAACCGCACACGCAAGGGCUUAGGGCGAGCGGCAGUGGCGGGACGACGGAGGGAAGGGGCGGAGAGGAGGACAAGGAGCAGCAGGCGAGGGGGGACGAGGGCAGGCAGCAGCGGAAAGAGGAAUGGAGCAGGGGCGGUGAGGGAUGUGUGGUGAGAGUAGGGCAAGAAAGGGAGAGAGGGAUGGGAGGAGAGAGGGAUAGGGAGGGUGAGUGGGCACACAGGGAGGGGCGGUGGCAACGGGAAAGGGAGAGGAAGGGGAGAUGGAAAAGGGAGGAGAGGGAGAGGGAGACAAGCGGUAAAGGUGGAGAAUGGGGACGAGGGAAGGAGGGCAGUCACUCUGAGGGACAGGAGCGGGCAGCCGAGGAGGCGAGGGCGAGAGGAGGUGAAGUUGAAGGCGACAAUGAGAAAGCGUGUGUGAGAGUUGGUUACACGACGCACACAGCAGAUGCAGGGGCAAGAAAUACAGGUUCCAACAGUGUGGUGGUGGUGGAGGAGGAGGAGGAGAAGGAGGGGAAAGGUCAGGAACCAGCCAGAAAAAUGCAGUGGGAACGGAGGCAUAAGGAUAAGCGGGAGGAGAGGGAGGUAGACGCGGAGGAGAAAGAAAGGGAGCGGAUGUGUGAGUUGGGGAGGGAUAGGGAAAAAAGGACAGAGAAGGGAAGAGAGGGCGAGAGCGAGCGAGAGAAGGAUCGAGAAAGAGAGAGCGUGAGGGGGAGAGAGAAGGCAAGGGAAUAUGAGAGGGAGAGGGACAACAAGAGAGCACAGGUGCAUGAGAGGGAGGGGGAGAGGCGAAGAGGGGAGAGGCACCAGGGUUGGGGCAGUGAGAGGCAGGGUGGGAGGGGGAGGGGCAGCAGUGGUGCAGCUGGUUAUGAGCAACGAAACGAGACGCAGGGAGUGGUGGAGAGGCAGAGAGGCGCGUGGUAUGGGAGCUCCGCUGGCUUGAAGCCUAAAGAGAGACACAGAGGGACGUGGGAGGGGGGCGAAAAGGCAGAGAGAGGCGAAAAGGCAGAGAGAGGCGAGAAGGGAAGGAACAGAGAUAGGGAUGGAGGCUGGGAGCGGGGUGACGACAGAAUGCGGGAGAGGAAGACAGAGAGGGAGACGAGGGGGAGGGACAGGGAUGAGGAGAGGGAAAAGGAUGCGAGGAGAAGAUAUGAAUUCAAGGAGAGCGAGAGGAGUGAGCGGUGGGAUGGUAGCAGAUCCAGGGAGAGGGGCUGGUCGAAUGAGAGGCCCAAGGGCAGGCACGAGCACCCGGAAGCAGCUUCAGCGGAGGGGAGGGGGCAGGGGCCAGAGAGAGCAGAGGAGCCCCAGCAGCACCCCCGCACUCUCUCCCACUCCCACUCCCACUCGCGCGCUCUCCCUCGCCCCCUGAGCUCGCCCCGCCACCAGCAAGGCAGACCCACGCCCUCGCCUGCUGCAUCACCUCACUCCGUCUGUGACCCACUCUCGCCCUCCACUGCUGCUGCCCCUGUUAAUGCCGGAAGGGGCGCAGGGGAGGGGGAGGCGAGGGCGAGGAGGCUGCGGCUGUGUGUGGACGCGCUGAGAUACGGCGCCUGCAAGAACCCCGCCUCCUGCUCCCGCCACCACCCCAAGCGGCGCACGCGGGACAGGGCGACAUCCCUGUGUUUGGACCACGUGGCGGGGCGCUGCCCCCUGCCCUCCGCCCGCUGCUUCCGCCACCACCUCUCCCCUGCUCAGGAGGAGCACUUCUACCAGCGGGGCGAGCUGCCUACAGACGCCAUGCAGCCCGCCUCCUGGGUCAUUCAGCGCCGUCUGCUUCUGCACCCCGCCCGCCCCCGCCCGCUCCAGCCCCCCGCCGCACGCGCCCCCUCUCCGCGCGAGCCCACGCGUGCGGAUGAGGCGCAGCUCACGCCCAGCUCCUCAAACCACCGCUCUGAGAGCCCUCACCCGCAGCAGCAGCAGCAGGGGGAGUCGCCUGGCAAGGGAGGGGCGGGGCUGCUGGCGACGCCAGGGGGGCUGUUGCCGUCCCCAUCCAUCUCGCCCUCCCUGCUGGGUGCUCCUCCUGCCGGCACCCCUCCUUCCCUGCUCCAUUCCUUACUCCCCCUGCCGCCCCCUGCUGCCCCCUCUGCGCUGCCCACCGCCCCUGGCAUAGCAGCAGCAACCUGGGGGAGCCUGGGUGUGAGCAGACCUGCCUUGAGCAGUGGUCAGCAGCUCGCUGCCACUGCCGCUGACUGUGCUGUUUCAGCUGCCGCUGCUGCUGUGGCAGCACGGCCAGGGGUUGUGGGUGGCACUGCUGUGUUGCCGCCAGCAGGCAUGGGAGCGGGCGGUAGUGAGGAGAGGGGACGAGGGGUAGGGCUGGGGGGGGAGGAGAGGGAGGGAGGGGCAGUGAAGGCAAAGGCGCGGGUGAAGGUGGUGAUCAACGAGUGGGGGGUGGUCAUUCCGCCGCACGCCCUGCUGCCUGCCAUCAAGCGCCGCAAGCUGGACGGCCCCCUUCCUGCUGCUGUUCCACCCGCACAGGGCAAUGGCGCCAUGACAAGUGGCAGCAGAGGGGUGGGACGUGCCGGUGUAGCGGCAGCUUCAGCAGCGGCGGCGGCAGCAGGCAGGGUGGGUUUGUCGGUGGGGCUGCUGGCGGCACUGGAGAGAGUGCUGGUGCCGCGUGUGGCUGUGGGGCUGCUUCCCGUGCUCUCGUGCCCCACUGCUGCACCCAAUGAGACACACACAGGGACUAACACAGAUACAGCCACAGGAACUGACACAGUGACUCCCGCAGACAGUAGCACCGUUACAGUCGCACGGACUGACACGGGAACUCUCCCCAGUGCCCGCACUCUCCCACUGCACGGGGCUGACGUGCCGUGUGCACCUCUCCCUGCCCACCACCGCACAGCCUGGUUUCUACCCCCUGCCCGCCUCGCCAGCCCCGCUCUCCCCCUGGCCUGCAACGCUGGUGUCGCCUGCACGGGGGCGGGCUGUGCUGUGAGCGUGCGCUGUGACAUCCCGGCCUCGCUGCUGCCCGCCUCACACACAUGGCAGCCUCUUGCUCACACACAGGGGGGCACCCUGCCGCCUGCUGCACCCGCCCUCAACCUCUCGGCCUCCCCGCAACAUGAGCAGCGAGGGGAGCAGGGGGAGCAAGAGGGACAGGGGGGCCAGGGGGGCGGCAAGGGGGAUGACAGCGCUGAGCGCGGUGGGUGGCAGUGGUGCGUGCAGCAGGAGGGCGGCGGGCAGCUGGCAGGACUCAUGCGGCAGUGGCGCUGCUCCCACACCGGCACCCCCCUGCCGCUCUCCUGCACCCGUGCCUGCAGCAGCGGUGCUGGCGCUGGCAGUGGUAGCGGCAGUGCGGAUGGGGAUGGGGAGGCAGGGAUGGGCCGUGAGACGGACAGCAGCAGCAGCGACGACAGCGAGAGUGAGAGCUUGGGUGGGAGAAGUGAGGGCGCGAGUGGCAGCUGGGACCUGGGUGCUCACCACCACUCGCAGCUGGCGGGUGGAGAGGACGCAGGUGAGGACGAGGAGGAGGUUGGUGACGGGAGAAAGAGUGGGAGGGAGGGCAGCGAGGGGGGUGCGUCGAGUGUGUGUGAGGCGUUGGGGCCGUUGGGAAAACGGAGUGGGCAGGUGAGCACUCCAUGUGUGCUGCCAGCGGGAGAGGCUGUUCCCUCGAUUCACGUGGCCACGGGUGCGGAUGGGACAGGCAGGGGGGCGCAGGUGCAAAGCGAUGGAGAGGUGAACAAAGCGGUUGAUAUGGUGGGGCUGGUUACUGGCGAUUGUGGUGGAGGUGGUGGUAGUGGUGAAGGCAAUGGUGACGGUGGAGUGAAGGGUGCGAAGCCGGAGGACGAGGAGGAGGAGGAAGAGCGGGUGGGGGAUGGAGAAGAGAAGCCGGCAGGUGCAGUGAGAAUUCUCCCCAAUGCUGCCACCACCAGCACUGUGCGACUGCCACCUGCCCCUCUGCCCCUGCACGCCCUCGCCCAGCCGCCCUUCCCCUCGCCCAAGAAGGAGCGCACUCAGCGCACCGUGCCCCGCCGCCUCCUCUCCUUUCCCCCCCUCGCCCUCCCCGCCCUCCCUGCCCUUCCCCCCCCACUGAUCCCCCCCACUCCGCGCACCCCUCGCCCCAGUGCCCCCCCCAGCGCAUCCCGCAAGGCCAUGCCACCAGGCAGGCGGGCAGGCGGCAGUGUGGAGACUGCGGAGGUUGGGGGGGGGAGGGGCAGUGGGGCGGCAGAGGCUGGAAGUGACAAGGGCGGUGGUACGGCAGGGAAGGUGGAGGGGCACAAGGUGGAGGGGCACAAGGACCAACCAGGCCUGAAGGAGGAGGAAUUAGAGGUAGGUGCGGGUGCUGCUGGUGCUGCUGCUGGUGGUGCUGCUGGUGGUGCUGCUGGUGCUGCUGGUGGUGGUGUUGGUGGUGGUGACAAUGGGGCUGGGGUUGGCAGCAGUGGUGAGCGGAGGGCGAAGGAGAGACAGUGUGCACGGGCCGAGGGAGAGAGGGUGGGACCAGAUGCUGAGGAGGAGGAGGAGGAGGCAGGAUGGGGAGUGGGUGCAAAUGCUGUGGCGCACAGGGGGAAGCGGGAGAGGGAGGAGCAACAAGGGGUCGACACAAAGAGACAGAGGAGGGAAGGAGCAGCUGGAGAAAGGGGAGGAAAGGGAGAGCGGGGAGAGCGGGGAGAAAGGGGAGAGGGCAGAGUGGGGGGAGAGGAGAGGGGAGAGGAGGGAUAUGGGACAGAGGAGAAGGGUGUAAAGGGGAAAGGGACAUUGGAUGAAGAUCGGAAGAGGAGAGGGGUCGUGGGAAGAGGGGGAGGGAAGGGCAGAGGAAGAAAGAGAGGGGCGGCGAAUGGGGGUCCACGCGAGCGAGAUAGGGCAGCGCAGCAGGGGGAUAAGCAGAGGAGCAUGCAACAGCAGCGCGACAGACGGGGGAGAUGGAGGCAUGGGGGAAAGCGUGGUGGCAUGAAAGGGGGAGGCGGGAGGAGGGCGGGGCGGACGGAGGACAAGCAGGACGGUGCAGCGCGGGUGAGCGGGGCUGAUGGCAAAGAGAGGGGGGGAGAAAGGGUGGAAAAGACUGAAGAGCAGAAGCAGGUGAAGGAGGGUGCAAUGGAAGGUGGCGCAAGGCAGAGGGAGGCGCAGGCGAGCGAGAGGAAACGAGGUGGCGGCAGGGGAGGAGGCGGGUCCGCACUGUCGCAGUGCCGCGAGGGGCAGGUAGGGGCCGUGGGUGCAGCUGGUGGGGCGAAGAGCAGCGGUGGUAAGCAGGAGACAGACGGGCUGUGGUCUGGUGCCAGUAGUGAGGGGAUGCACGGGCGAGAGGGUACAAGUGGGGGUGGUGGUGGGAGUGAGGGCGACGAGGAGAGUGCGAGUGAGAGUGAGAGUGACAGCUUCUCAAGCCUGUUUCGAGAGGAGGAGAGCGAGGAGGAGAGUGGGGGCCAGGGAGGCGGCGAGGACAUAGAGGUGGACGGGCCAAACCUGGAGGGGCACGCGGCAGGAGCGGGGGGCGCGGAUGGGAGCACGUCACAGGAUGGCAGUGGUGGUGCGGGCAGCGGUGGUGGCGAUGAGACAGGCUUGGAAGGCUGGCGACAUGGCGGCAGAGGGAGGGACGGGGGGCAUGGAGGCGAGCAGGAGGGAGGGGGAGGGGCGAGCAGGGCAGGGCAGGCAGGCAGCGCGUGUCUGGCCACCAGCAGCCCUGCCUCCGCCGCCACCCCCCUGCCACACCUCGCUGCCAGCCCCCACCUGCACUGCACCACAUAUGUCACUGCCAGCCCUCACCUGCUCGCUAGUCCCUACCUCAACGCAAGCCCCCGCUUCACGAGCCCGUACCUACCCUACAGCCCCGGCACGGGUGCCAGCCCUGUUGGCAGCACCACCUUCUCCCCGCACCCGCUGCUUGAGGCGCCGCUGUCCGCGUGUGGCUCGCCCGCUGUGGUGCUGGCGGGCGACGAGGGCGCGGAGGAGAGGGGCAAGCAGAGGGACAGGACGCGGCUGGUGAAGGACCUUGCUGGCGCUGCUGUGGGCGCCCAGGCAGUUGCUCUGGAAGGCAUUGCUGUGCCCGCUGCCGCUGCUGCCUCGGCUGCUGCUUCUGCUGCUGCCGGUGUGCCUUGCCAAGACGCUUCUGACGACCCAAGCAGAGCCUGUUCGCCUCUUGCCCCUCCUGCUGUUGCUGCUGCUGGCAGCAGUGGUGGAACGGUUGGGAGUGGUGACUUGGGAGGUGGACUGCUGGGGAGCGGUGACAAGGGUGGGGGAACAGUUGUGAGUGGUGACUUGGGUGGUGGUGGUGGUGGCGGGGAGUUGAAAGCGGUCAAGAGAGGUGCAGAGAAGAGAGGGCGCGAGAUGGAGGAGGAAGCAGAAGCGGGGUUGGAGGGCGAUGAGGAGCGUACGGAGGGCAGGAAGGGGGGAUCAGCGGGCGAGCUGUGGGGGUUGAAGCGCCAGCGGUCGAGGAGAGGCGGCAGGCCUGUGGUGGCUGGCAGCGGUGGAGCGGGGGAAGCGAGGGGCGCAGCAGAGGGAGGGGAGGUGAGGGCAGGAGGUGCGAUGGAGGGAGUUGUGAGAGGCGUGGAGCAGCCUGUAGGGUCGUGA